AUGGCAGCGUCAAACAACGGAUCCAACAUAACGUCGAACCACACGAACCAGUUCGUCCAGCCGCCGUGGCGCGUCGCGCUGUGGUCAGUCCCCUACACCUUUGUGGUGGCGGUGGCAGUGUUUGGAAACCUCAUUGUGAUAUGGAUCAUUCUCGCCCACAAGCGAAUGCGUACAGUCACAAACUACUUUUUGCUGAAUUUGGCGUUUUCGGACGCGUCCAUGGCCGCGUUUAACGCUUUGAUAAACUUUAUCUUCGCUGCCCACGGGGUGUGGUACUUCGGAGAAACCUACUGCAAGUUCCACAACUUCUUUCCAGUCACAUCCGUAUUCGCAAGCAUCUACUCAAUGACUGCAAUAGCUGUGGACAGAUACAUGGCAAUCAUCCACCCUUUGAAGCCUCGUCUGUCCGGAAAAGCCACGACGGGGGUCAUUGUCUGUAUCUGGGGCCUGGCAGUGGUUCUAGCUUUCCCUCUCUGCUACUUCUCCACAAUCCGAUCUCACCGUCAGAGGACCAUCUGCCUCGUGGCAUGGCCCCGCCUCAAAGAUGACACCCUGAAGUAUCAUAUCAUUGUUGCCAUCCUGGUGUAUGUGUUGCCUUUGGUGGUGAUGGGCAUCACUUACAGCAUCGUGGGGGUGACACUGUGGGGAGGUGAGAUUCCUGGAAACUCAUCAGAUAAUUACCAUGGACAGCUUCGGGCUAAAAGGAAGCAUUGA